AUGGACUAUUCAUAUGUAGCUCGCAAAUACGAAAAAUUGGUAACUCUGUAUAAUAUUUUGUUCAAUAAGGGCACUAGUUCACCAAUCGAAUAUAAAUACUUAAAAAAUGUAAAUAAACAUAAUUUAACAAAGUCCCGACAAAUGAAUACUUCGUGUGUACAAAUCCAAAUGCAAAACACGUUAGCAUAAUUUAAUAUCAUGUAUUAAUAGUUCUAUAAAUUUCAUGUAUAGUUAUUUACAUGUAAUCCAUAGAUAUCUCACCAAGGAAAGCUAUUAUUUAAGGGAAUUAAAAUUGUUGAAAAACCCGUUGUGCUUCGAUCAUUUUUGUAAAGAGAUCGCUCCGGUCCUACUGGACACAUUUUUUCAGGUAAAGUAUAUUAAAAUAGAAUAAUAUUAGUUUAUGUGUAAUAUAUGAUUCACUCAAUUAGGAUUAUUCAUUAUUUUGGAUAGUAAAAACAUUUUUAUUUUUUUGUUUUGAAACCUUAAACAACAUUUAGUUCUAUUAAUAGUUUUAAAAUUUUACAUUACCAUUUUUUUUUGUCAUCCUUAUUUUGGGUGUGAAACCACUACCUACUUUUGAUUUUCAAAUUGCAACCUAUGUGUAAAUGGCCUUAAAUAGUUAUUAGUAUUAGUUAAAAUAAACUUUGGUGUUGACAUUUUUGAUUUCCGACAACCCGUUGACGAGAUUUUCCACUUUUAAGUUUCGGUCGGUGGAAGAGUGAUGGAAAAAAUUUAAAUGCCUCAUGCAUUUCAUUACCUGGGAGUUUUGAGUAUUACUUCGAGAGUUGUAAUUAGUAAAACCCAAAUUAAAAUAUCCGCGAUAAGGUAAAACAACGGUUCUGAUAAUAACACAUCACCUAUCAUUCCCAUAUUUUGAAAAAACUCCUAGCAAAAUCAAAAAAUUCACUGGCAUAAAGUAUCACCCCAGUCAUUUUUCUUUUGAGAAAAUCUACUAUCAUGGUAAAUCGGAGCGAAAUUGCUGACAGAAAAGUUGUUCGUAGAUAGAAAAAAAAAAAUUGCUUUUGUCCAUAACGUCAACAUCAUUGUAAAACCAAUGCAUUCCUCGCUCCAUUCAGAAUCAAAAAAUUAAAUUUUUACAGAAACAAGUAUACAAAUAUACUAUAUAGUAUAAACAUAUAAAUACUUGAUUAUGUUAAAAAUUCCCACACUGGAAAAAAAAGGGAGUUGACAAUUGUAUAUUAGUGGCCGAAAAUUGUAUUUCUCGUUUUUCUCGAAACCUAAUUACCAGUUUUCAUAUUUUUUCUGACUCUUGUUAAAAACUAUAAAAUACUAAGAGUAUAUCACUUUCCCACCACCAAUCCAUACUAAUAAUCCCCAUGUAAAAAUAAGCAUAUUACAUAGAAUUAAUUCUUAUGAACAUUUUCACGUUUUAAGUUAUUUUCGUUAAAUUCGUAAUUUUUGAUAAUUUGUUAAAUUUCCGAGAAAAGUACCUUUAAUUAAUUAUACAGCAGACUGUUAUCGAGUUUGCUAAUUGAUUUUUAUUAUUAUAGCUAAUUGACUGUAUAUUUUUUUCUUUGAAUUUUAAAAAAAUAUUAAAAAUCACAAAUUUAAUGAAAAUAAAAAGUUGAUGCGCCAAAACUUUUAAUAUUAUGAACUCUAUAAAAUCGCUUACUUCAAAAAAAAAAAAAAAUCUAUUGAAAUAUAAGCAUGUGUAGUCAUUAACCUUAUGAGUAAUAUGUAUAAAAAAAAAAAAAUAAAUAAAGUUUGAUCAUCUUCAUUAUGUCCGGAGAUAUUAUAAUGGUUCUUUGAGGCACACCCUGUAUAUAUUAAGACAAAUAUUGUAGUUUUAGAUCAAUAUUUAUUAGGACUUUUUAAAACGAUGUACGAUCAAAUAUACGUGUAAAAUAAUGCGGUCGUGAAAGCGUUAUUUUUUAAAAAUAUAAUAAACAUGAACGUUCCAAACACUGAAUUCAAUAUGUUACAACUUAUUAUAUGCACCUAUUUGUAAAAACAUAAAACUAAUAUAAUAGUUUUUUUUUUUUUUUUAGGAACGCUUAAAUAAUGUCAACAUUAAUAUAACAGAAUUAAAACAAUUGCAGAAUAAGCAAAUAUUAAAUAACUCUGAAAUUGCUCAAUGGGCUAAAAAUUGUAACAAAUUGAAAACAAAAAUAUUAACGUGUGAAAAAGAAGAGAUAUUAUGUAAUUGUAUUAUGUAUUUGAUUGGUCAACUUAAUAAAAAAACCGAGAUAGUAAAUAAUAUCGUUAGUGAUACAAAAAAUAUUAGAACCAAAUUAGCUGAUGAAGCAAAUAAAUCAAUAGAAAAAGAUAAUAGGAUAAAAGAAAUAACAUUGGAAACAUGUCAACUUAAAAAAGAAAAUGAAAAAAUACAAGUCGAAAUGAUAGAAUUCGUUAAAAAUUGUAACACGAUUUUAAAUUCGGCGGAAGAAAGUUUGAAAAUUCAAGGUGUAGAGAUAUUUGAAAGAAGAAAUGAGGUUAUUCAACUUGAAGACGAGAUAAACGAGUACAAAGAUAUCAUUUUUGAACUAGAAUCUGAAAUUAAAUUCGACGAAUAUCAAAAAUUGAAGAAAAAAUACGAUUUGUUACAAGAAAAAAACAUUGAGUCUAAAAAAAUCUGUGAUUAUUUAAAUACAAAAUGUUUGGAAUUCGUAAAUAUGGCAAAUACAUCCAUUGCACAGUCAAACAGAUUAGAACGAAUGAACAGAAAUUUGGUAUCCAUUACAAAUGAAUCAAUCAACAGGCUUGAUCAAAACCAAAAUAAAUUACACCAAUUUAUGAAUUUAGGAGAUCUUUUAGAAUCCGAAAAUAAAUUAUCAGCUGAAAGGUUCAAUAAGCUAAACAACACAUAUCGGACACUCAAAACGCAAUUUGACGAACAAACUAAAACCAUUGAGAGUAACAAUCAUAUGAAAAAAUUGUGGACAGAUAAAUUGAAGUCUGCGAAUAAAAGAGCGAUGAUAAAAGAUGCUGAGCUGGUAAGAUCAAAUCGGAGAAUUACUCGACUUACAAAACAGAUAAGCGAUUUCAAAAUGAAGAAAAAUGUUGUUGGUUCGACUAAAUCGAGUGUUAAAUCAGUACAAUUAAACAAAAAGGUAAUUACAUCAAAUAAACCAAUAGCAAUAAGGAAUAUAAAACCAGCUGUGAGAAUAGUGCCCGACAAGGAAAAUGAAAGUAUCGAAAUUAAAAAUAAUCCAGUUGAAAAAGAUGCAAGAUGUAUUAACAUUGCAAACUGA